AUGGGUGUUGCCUGGUGUAGCUCGACAGGUCACUUUUACUUUGACAGUUUGCCUACAAAUCCAUACACAGAACAGACUACUCCCUGGACGGUUGCACACUCUUCACGUCAACGAUGUAAGUUGGUCGAGUCGCUAAUCGUCCAAAAUGAGGAUCGAUGUACGGCGGUUGUACGAGAGCUACGCAAUUUAGCAACAACCGGUGAUGAGAACCCGCUUAUUCCCGGCUCAGCCACAUUUGCAGAUCUCUUGGUUCCGUUGCUUACCUCAAAACCAAAACCGAUUGAUGGUCCGAAUAAUGAUAAUGAUUUGGGGACUUUGGAAUCAUCAGAUGAUGUCCUAAUCCUGUUCGGUUCACCAGCAACCGUUUUCCAACUGUUGCUUUCGAUUUCGUCGCUUCGAGCAUUACUGACAGAUCUUAUUUUGGAACUGGUAGCCACAUCAUCUUCAUAUUCGAUCCAACUCCUGGAACAGUUCAAACAACCAGUCGGCCUGACGACUAUGUUUAAUGGUCAGAAGGCAUUCGCAGAGACUGCUGCACGUCUGAUUGAAUUGUUUCAGGUGGUGUCUGAACCCUCUACUCAAGCAAGUAUACUAUGUAUUCUCCCGGAUUUGGCGUCCUCUCCAUGCACGACCAAUUGUGCACUCACUGAUGCGGACAGAUCUAUACUAAUUCUCAAAUUGAUUGAUCUUCUAAACACGAUUCCUACUGGCACAAUAGACACAGUACAACAACAACAGCAGUCUGAUCCGAUAGCCUGUUUGAUUGAAUGUCUGACUAGUUUUUCCGUGGAUCGUGAUCUGGCUCUCCGAUUACCGGAUAUCCUGUUUCAAUUACUGGAUCGUUGCUAUACUCCAGAUGCAUAUUACGCGUACCUGCCGUUAAUCGCUCGCUCCGUGCUUAUUCAUGGUCCGGCUGUUUCACGUCAAUCUACGGAACUGCCCAAACUGAUUCGUCGUUUGCGUACUUAUUUCAAAUUUCCUCAAACUCCGAUCAAGUCCUCUGGGGAUCCGGUUGAGAGCACGCUGGUUGAACUUCUUCGUGUCGCUUUUCAAUUUAACCGGCAAUUAAUGAACGAGUAG